AUGGCCAACCAACAGCCGUUUACGUUGGCCCUCCGUGACGUGGAGAACCGCAUGGCGGAGGAAGUCGUCGACACAUGGAUCAAAACGGCAGAGCGGGCGCCAACCCUGACCAUCCUUCCUCCCAAUGUUGACGCGGCAACUUGGGCUAAGCUUAUUGUCCAGUUCCGCGCCAUCGUUGGAGACGACGGUGUCUUAACCAGCCACGAACAGCGUGGCUCCAUAAUUCUUGACCUGCAACGCAUGACCAAGGUCAUCGAGGUCAAUGACAAGUACUCUUACUGCACCGUGGAGCCUGGAGUAACAUUCUUUCACAUCUAUAACGCGAUCCAGGAACAGAAGAAGAAUAUCUGGUGCUCCGUUCCUGCCCUUGGAUGGGGAUCUGUAGUGGGCAAUGCCCUCGAUCGGGGCUGGGGCUACACGCCUGCUGGCGACCACUCAAACAAUGUUUGUGGCAUGGAGGUUGUCUUAGCAGACGGAACCCUCGUCCGGACCGGCAUGGGAGCUCUGGAUGGCUCCAAGUGCUGGCCGCUUUUCCGUGGCGGUUACGGUCCCACAUACGAUUCCAUGUUCAGCCAGAGCAAUUUUGGCAUCGUCACAAAACUCAGCAUUUGGGCUUCCCCCAGCCCUGAGGGUUAUAUGAUUUGUCGCCUGGACGUCGAGAAAGAGGAGGACCUCACUCCCAUGAUUGACAUCUUCCGCCCCCUCUUGAUCAAUGAAACCAUCCAAAACCAUCCCGUGAUCGGCAAUGUCCCCCGAGAACUAGCUAAAAAGGGCAUGCGCAGCAAGUUUUACGAAGGAAAAGAUGCCAUACCAGAUGAGAAGAUGGAAGAACUUCGCAAGGAAUUAGGUGUUGGGCACUGGUCGGCAAGGUUUGGUUUGUACGGACCCAAGGAAAUGAUCGAGUUCAACUACAACAGGUGCGAAGCUGCUUUCGCCAAACUUCCUGGAGCGAGGCUCUCGGGAAAUGUCUUUUAUCCUCCUGAAGGCAAGCAAGUUUUGAACCCAGAGGACCUUCCAGUCGAAUUUCGCACUGUUGAGACUGGCACACCAAGUCUCACGGCCUUGAAGUCGGUCGAGUACCGGGGCAAGGACGGAGGAAAGGAUGCUACCGAAUUCUACUACGCCGCAAAGUCCUGCUGCGCCAAAUAUGGCUUCGACUAUUUCGGGGGUCUCCACCUCUACCCCCGGCACCUUGCCAUGAUCAACAUGAUCUACUUUGACCGCCAGUCCGCGACGGAGAGGCAGAACGCCAACAAGCUGUUCGUCGAUCUCGUGCACCUAGCCCGAAAGCACGGAUACAGCGAGUACCGCGCGCACGUAGACUGGAUGGAUUUGGUAGCGGAGCAGUACGAUUUCAACGGACAGAGCUUGAUGAGGUUAAACGAGAGGAUAAAGGACGCCGUGGACCCUAAUGGCAUCCUGAGCCCCGGAAAGCAAGGUAUCUGGCCAGCGGAGUACAGGCAACAUCUCAACGAUACGGCUGCGCACGAAGGCGAGGCUUGUAUGAAGGGAGUUAACGGUGUAAGCAAGCGUUAG